AUGGCCAGCGACAGCAAGCCUGAAGUGUUCGAAGAUGCUGGCGUGGCCGUGCCGGCCACGGCCAAGCCCAGCUUUGGGGCUCGCGUGGCUAGACACUUCAAGCGAUGGUGGUGGGUGUAUAUCAUUGCCUUGAUCGUGAUUGUUCUUGUGGUGGUGCUUCCUGUAGUUUACGUCGGAUACCCCAAGAUGGCUCAACACAUCGUCAGUGAUUCCAACCUGACCGUCACAUCGAUGGUCAUCAGUGACCCCUCACCUUCAUCCUUCGACCUCCACCAGCUGCAGGUCAUUGGGUCCAACAGCUCUUUUCACCCAACCUUCUACACUUUCUCCGCAGCUAUCAGCCUGCUGGGUUCCGCUGUCUUCACACACGUUCAGGUGCCCCAGUUCAACGGCCACAAUGGCGUUGUCAUCGACGUCAACCAGCGUGCGAACCUGACGAACGAAACGGCAUUCGCUGAGUUCUGCAAGGCCGCCAUAAUGAACGAGAAGUUCCCUCUCAACGUCUACGGCAAGCCCCAGCUAAAAGAGGGAAGUCUACCCAAGACCACGGUCACCUACAACAAGACCGCCAUGGUGACAGGCCUCAACAAGCUCUCGGGCUUUGAUCUCGUGGACAUGUCAAUUGGAACCAACAACACAGACGGCACCAACGCCAAAGGAACCGUCUACAUCCCCAACCCCUCCGACAUUAGCAUCGCCGUGGGCAACCUGACUCUCAACCUGGAGGUCAAUAACACCGCCAUCGGCCAAGCCUUCAUCUACGACCUCACCAUCGGCCCAGGCAACAAUACCGUCCCCAUGACCGCCAACGUCAGCACCCUCACCGUCGCCGGCAUGCUAAGCAGCUACCCGGACUACAUGCUCCCCAUCGACAUCACAGGCAACUCGAGCAUCUACAACAACCAGCCCCUCCUCUACAUUGAAGAAGCGCUGGCGUCGCUCAAACUUCAAGUUCAAUUGAACGUGACGCAGGCAUUGGGCGGUUGA